UUCGUGCGUGUGUGUCUCUAAACCCACGACGAGAGACAUCCUUCUCCCCUCGCGUCGCGCUUCCCCAUGGAAAGUCCCUGACGACGUCAGUGACAACGUCGACGACGGGCGACAGCCAUCUUUGAAUCCUCCCGUCCUCGCGCACGACACGCGAAAUUCCGCGCGACCUGUCGUCGACGAGACAGACGGGGUGGAGAAAGAGAGAAAGAGAGAGAGAGAGUGAAAGGACUGGGAAAAAAGAGCGAGAAAGAGGAAGAAACGUCGGGUGUCGAGUCGUUCGCGCGGGCGGGCUGUCAGUGUGCGCGUGCAUAUGUGCGUGUGCGCGUGUGUAUGUGUAUAUGCGCGGUCCGUGUGGUCGACGACCGUGGUAGGUAGGGACUUCGGAGCUAUGUUCUUGGGGCUCUGCUGACUAGAGACUGGCCUCCGUUUUCACGGCACCCGACGACGUCGCACGGAGGAUAGCAGAGUUCGUGUUUUGUACUCAUCUGUGCUUGGUUUUUUUUUUGUGAAGCUUGUGGCAUAGAAAUUCAAAACUCAAGUUGAGAAACAAUGAAUGCCUCAGAACAUGGGUUUAACCCAGCCUUUAACAUGGCCUCCAUAAAGCAAGCUUUCAAUGAGGCUGUGGAGAGAGUCUCAACAGUUAGAAUGCCUGCGCCGACACGGUUGAGGGAUCUGAUUAGACAAAUUCGAGCUGCGCGAACGGCUGCGGAAGAGAGGACAGUCGUAAAUAAGGAGUGUGCAUAUAUCCGUUCGACAUUUAGAGAAGAGGACAGCGUCUGGAGAUGUCGUAACAUUGCCAAAUUGCUCUACAUACAUAUGCUGGGAUAUCCGGCGCAUUUCGGUCAGUUGGAAUGUUUAAAGCUCAUCGCUUCCCCAAGAUUCACAGAUAAACGAAUUGGUUAUCUGGGGGCCAUGUUGUUGCUUGACGAGCGACAGGACGUGCAUCUCUUGAUCACGAAUUGUUUAAAAAAUGAUUUGAAUAGCUCAACACAGUUUGUCAUUGGUCUGGCAUUGUGCACCCUUGGUGCGAUUGCAUCGCCGGAAAUGGCGAGGGAUCUAGCGUCCGAGGUCGAGAGACUGAUGAAGUCGCCGAAUGCGUACAUCCGAAAAAAAGCGGCGCUUUGUGCCUUUCGGAUUAUCAGACGUGUUCCGGAGCUGAUGGAGAUGUUCCUGCCGGCCACCCGUAGCUUGAUCACCGAGAAGAAUCACGGAGUGCUCAUCACCGGCGUUACCCUUAUUACGGAGAUGUGCGAGAACAGCGUCGACACGCUAAACCAUUUUAAAAAGGAAUGCGGCCACCGUGAGAUUGUGCCAAAUCUGGUAAGAAUCCUGAAGAAUUUGAUCUUAGCUGGAUAUUCGCCCGAGCAUGAUGUGUCCGGAGUGUCGGACCCUUUCCUACAGGUGAAAAUAUUACGUCUUCUUCGUAUCCUGGGACGCAACGAUGUCGACGCGUCCGAAGCCAUGAAUGAUAUCCUUGCUCAAGUCGCGACCAAUACGGAAACAAGCAAAAAUGUUGGUAAUACUAUACUGUAUGAGACAGUUCUUUCCAUCAUGGAUAUCAAGUCGGAGAGCGGACUUCGAGUUUUAGCGGUCAAUAUAUUGGGCAGAUUUUUACUGAACAAUGACAAGAAUAUCAGAUAUGUAGCCUUGAACACAUUGCUGAAGACAGUUUAUGUGGACACAAGUGCAGUGCAGAGGCAUCGAUCGACAAUUCUAGAAUGUCUAAAGGAUCCGGAUGUGUCAAUUAGAAGACGCGCAAUGGAAUUAAGUUUCGCGCUCGUAAAUACCAAUAAUAUCAGAAACAUGAUGAAGGAAUUGCUCUUGUUCUUGGAACGAGCUGAUCCGGAAUUCAAGGCUCAAUGCAGCAGCAAUAUCGUAAUGUCUGCGGAAAGAUUUGCUCCAAACAAACGUUGGCAUCUAGAAACUCUAUUUAAAGUACUCGUUGCGGCUGGUAAUUAUGUGCGUGACGAUGUAGUAGCAUGCACGAUACAAUUAAUAUCCGAGACGCAACCUCAACAGAAUUAUGCUGUUAGUGCUCUGUGGCAUGCGUUAGAAAAAGAUACAUCCGAUAAACAGCCUUUAGCACAAGUUGCCACAUGGUGUAUCGGCGAAUAUGGUGAUCUAUUGCUGUACAGUCCGCCAUCGGAGGAUGUCGAAACUCCAAUCAAUUUGACAGAAGAUGAAGUUAUCGAUGUAUAUCAAAGAUUACUCUGGAGUCCUCAAAAUACUGUAGUCACGAAACAAUAUACCUUAUUGUCUCUUACCAAAUUAAGCACGAGAUUCCAGAAAGGUCACGAAAAAAUUCGUCAGAUUAUAGAUACAUUUGGUAGCAAUUUGCAUAUCGAAUUACAGCAGAGAGGUAUUGAAUUCUCACAAUUAUUCCGAAAGUAUGAUCACUUGCGGCCCGCUUUACUCGAGAGAAUGCCGCCUAUGGAGACUGCUCGACCACAAGCUAAUGGCAUCAUAGGUAUGGUGAAUGGUGAACCAGAACCAGAAGAGGAAAAAUCCACAGUUCAAGAACCAACCACGACUACAUCUGAUUCAAGUGCACUUCUAGAUUUACUUGGAACUACGGAUGUGGGAGUGACGAUGUCGGCGACAACGACCUCCAAUAAAAAUGCUUCGGGUUCGACCGCGGUAACGCAUAAUAAUGAUCUGUUAGACUUGCUUGGAAGUUUAGAUUUGAAUACACCUACGUCUGCCGUCACACCUACGCUGCCGUUACAACCGCAGGCAUCAUCCGCACCAAUGUUUAGUCCCACCAACACCAGUAACUUCUUAGUGGAUGGAUUGCUCAGUACUUCCUCAGUUCAAAACGAACUACCCAGUAUGGUUGUUUUGGAUAAAUCGGGGCUCAAGAUAACGUUCAAUUUAGAGAGACUGCCAGAUAUUCCCGAUCUGUUAGUUAUAAACAUGUUGGCUCAGAACUCUGGAAGCACCGUUUUAACUGAUUUUCUGUUUCAAGCAGCAGUUCCUAGGACAUUCCAAUUACAAAUGCUAUCGCCAUCAGGUACUGUCAUUCCACCAUGUGGUCAAGUAACUCAAGUGUUGAAAGUCACAAAUAUGAAUAGGGCAGUGCUGAGGAUGAGACUGCGUAUAUCAUAUACAGGUCCAGCUGGACCAGUUUUGGAACAGACAGAAGUUAAUAACUUUCCCGCCUCGACAUCACAGUGACAAGAUAUAAUACAAACAACAUUUGUAUAUAUGCCUGCCUAAAAGUAAUUAAUCGAUUUUUGAAGACAGACUGGGAAGAAAAAACAGGAACGCAAAUUUCAUCUCCAUUCGAAACAAUGAAACAUAUAAGUUGGCAAAUGGAUAUAUCUAACAUGCAACAAUCAAUUCAACAGAACUCCUGCUUAUGCGGCACAGAUAAGACAUGACCUAAACUUUAUAAGGAAAUUUUGGAUUUGUUAAAAAUACGUUUUUUAAUUUUUAUGCGAUUGUACGGUGUGUUCUAAAAGCACAUUUGCAACGAAUUUUUCGAAAGAUAUUCUUUUGCCGCAUAUUAAAAUUAUCAAGAAUUUCUGCGUGGGCAAGUUCCGAUAAAUUUCCAGUCGCGAACAAUGUGAUGUUAACAUUUAAAGUCUUUC